UAUCAUCCCCCCGCGCGCCGCGCAACCGUACGGACGCAAAAAUGUACGCUCCCGCUUUGAAAAAUAUUUAAACCGGUAAAAAGUGACAAUUCCGAUUAAAACAACAUAUCAACAAACAGUGUAAACAUCGUACUAUGUGCAGUGAUAAAAGUGUUAAGAUACAUUCAGUGGUCUAAAAAAUACAACAGUGUAAACAUAUUCAACGGACAGUGUUUAAAUCGAAGCUUCGCUGCCUGCGUUUGUCGCUCGUUAAUGAUAUAGCCGUUCGUCACCGAGCGUUCAAGGUCGACGACCUCCACACGGGCUGUCCUAACUGAGCCACAAAAUAAUAGUGUUGCGCGCUUUUGUUUUUUUGUUUAUGCUUUCUGCAUGUUGUUUAUUAUUGAGUUUUGCACACCGUAGUUGAUAACGGCCACAGAACAUUAUACUUACUGCGUUCUAUUUUGUGAAAUAACAUUAAAAUAUGUCUUGUGCUGGGUGUUUUGCUUCUGUUACAUUAGACGAUUCGAUAACUUGUGCUGCAAAAUCCUGCAAGAAAAGCUUUCAUCUGCUGUGCACCAAAACUACCAAGCUUACUUCUCAUCAGAGAAAGAACUGGACCUGUCCCGAGUGCAAUGCAGCAGCCAAGAAAGGAGGCGACAACUCUCAAACUCCUGUAAAAACCUGCGAUAAUGUAACAAUACGAAAUAAAUCUGUUCGGACUGAUACCUGUUCUCCAGUGAGUCCUACAUUUAAUAUUGAUGAUAUUAGAGAUGUAAUUAGAGAAGAACUGAAUAAGGUUAAAAAAUGCAUAAUUACCGAAUUAGAAGAAAGUUUACGACAUAUGGUGAAGUCUGAGCUGAAAAAAAUGUCUGAAACUAUUACCUGCUUGGAGAACUCUGUCUCAUUUGUAACAGAGGAGUAUGAUAAUAUUAAAAAGGAUCUAGUUUCCAAGACUACAAUGAUUCAGCAAUUACGAACUGAAAAUAAUAAUUUGAUUGAGACUGUUAAGAAUAUGAGCACAAAAUUGGAAAAUAUGGAGCAACAUAAUAGAUCUUGCAAUAUAGAAAUACAAUGUGUCCCUGAGCACAAUAAUGAAAACUUACCUUCUGUCAUAAAACAACUAUCAAAAACUGUUUCCUGUGAACUUAAUGAUGCCGACAUUCAUCACUACACGCGUAUCGCCAAAAGCAACAAAAAUGACCCGAGGCCCAGAUCCAUCGUUGUUAAACUGGCUACCCCCCGCAUCCGUGACAAGUUUUUAGCAUGUGUUAUUACAUACAACAAAAAUCAUUCUAAUGACAAAUUAAACACAAGUCACAUUGGAUAUGGUGGGGACAAAAAACCGAUAUACAUUGCUGAACAUCUUUCCCCCGCAAACAGAGCCCUACACGCCGCAACGCGCCUGAAAGCCAAAGACAAGGGAUACAAGUUCGUGUGGGUAAAACAAGGGAAAAUUUUUAUGCGUAAAAACGAGACUUCGGAUCAUAUUUAUGUAAAAAAUAUAGAAUUCCUAGAUAAAAUUGUAUAACUUUAAAAAUAGUAUUCAACAUUUGUAACUUACAUUAAUUGCUAACUUCCGAUUUUUAUACUAUAGUC